AUGUCUCAACAUUUAGUUAAUGAAAAUAGCAAAUACAUAUUAGACUUAUUUUCAGAGCAGACAGUGGACUCACAAAGUUUAGAUUCAAUAUGCACACAGGUGCAAAAGAAGUUUCCUAAAUCGGACCAUUUCAACUUGUGUCUACUUCUAUCAUCACUAAUAACAGGCGGGGAUUUAUGCCUGCCUGGUCAACGAGUGGUGGCGAUAGCUAUUCUGUUUGACAUAUAUAAAGUGGAUAACCCUUUUGCAUCCUUAUUCCUGCAUUUGUUAGAGGGUAAACCAGGCUUGUUGCCACUAGCGCCACAAGAAAGAGUACUGAUUGGGCAGCUGCAUGGUUUCUUGCCAGUGAAUGUUAAGGAUGUUAUGAAGAAGUCUGCCAGACAGGUGAUGAUGACAGAAGUUCCUUCCAAAGAUUUAGAAUUUGACUACUCACCUCUGCAGACCAUAGUGGCGGAGAGGAUAGCUGACAUGAGCUCUAUGGCCAGGGCAGCUGCACCAGCGUUGAUACCACUUAGCGAUGGGAGCCCGCCCAAUCGCAUGGCGAUGAAGGAACUCUUGGAGUCACUUAUCUCAAAUGAUUAUAUGCCAUUACACCGUACUCUCAAAGCUUCUGGACCAAUACCACUGCCUACCUUCUUACUAGAAACUGCUGAAAUAACAGCUGAUAAGGCGGUUUGGAAGUGUCUAGUGAACAGGGGUGCGUACCAGCCUCUAUACGACACAGAUUACGAAGGUCUGACGGGACUGAGACCUGAAAAGUUGGAGAAGCGUCAGCACACACCUCAACAACAUAAACCUAAGCAAGAAGAGAAAAAAGACAAACCAGAAGAGAAGAAGCCAUCAGAAGAGCCGAAAGAUCCAAUUAGUACGAUGGCCGAGGCUAAAGAACUCACGGCCGUAGCGCUGAAGGGUGCUCUCAGCGUACAGCAUCAGCAGCGACUUCUGGCUCUUCUGGAUCAGGACCCCAACCUGGUGUAUGAGAUCGGUGUUACACCUACACAGUUACCAGAUCUGGUGGAGAACAACCCCAUGGUGGCAAUAUCUGUGUUGCUGAAACUGAUCCACUCGCAGCACAUCACGGAGUACUUCAGCGUGCUGGUCAACAUGGAGAUGUCACUGCACUCCAUGGAAGUAGUCAACAGGUUGACGACAUCGGUGGACCUACCUGUGGAGUUCGUCCACUUGUACAUAAGCAACUGUAUAUCGACGUGCGAGACCAUCCGUGACAGGUACAUGCAGAACCGGCUCGUGAGGCUGGUCUGUGUGUUCCUGCAGUCGCUCAUUAGAAAUAAGAUUAUUAAUGUUAAGGAGCUAUUUAUAGAAGUGGAAGCGUUCUGCGUAGAGUUCAGCCGCAUCCGUGAAGCCGCCGCCCUGUUCCGGUUGCUCAAGCAACUGGACUCCGACGUGCCCGGCACUAAAGACACCAAGGAUAAUUAA